AUGUUCUCUUGCUGGUGUCGUCGGACUAGUCAAUGCUCUGGCCUCAAGAAAGACAACAGAAAAGUCCAUGGUGGUGUCUGGAGGCACAGGGCUCUCUCUUGCCUUCAACGCCUGUGGCCUUUUUCCAGGAAGGGAAACAACUUGACCAUGAGCAGCCAAGGCCAGGGCCACAGAGANCAGGGCGAGAAUGCAUCUGCCCCACAGGAUUUGAGGGAGCCCNGAAGAGAUUCACACAUCAGUGCAGCGACUGUGGUGAAGAUGGUGAACAGCCUGGUGCCAUCUCUGCAAGAAGGGAACCCCAUCAUUGUUUCUACUUUUCUGUCCACAUACAGAAAAUAUUUCACGCCUCUACAGGUACUGGACCUGCUGUUCAUGAG